AUUAAAAAUGGUCUAAAACUGGUUUACGCUACAAUUUGGCAGUUUAUUAAGUAUACCUAUACUUGAGCUGAUUACAGAUUGUGGACAACAAUGUCGGUCUGGGCUGCAAAAUCAUAUGCAGGCAGCUACAGAGGCAGUUUGGUAGCUGAGCCUGGGCCAAGGUAUUUGCUAUUAUCAAAGCAAAUGUAAAACAAUACUUAAUAAAACAAAACAGAUGGGUACUAAACCCAUAGCUAAACUGGUUUAUUAAAGCUAUAUUGAUCUUCAAGUUGUUAUACUUUAUCAUUAAUAUUAGCUGAUUUUAAAGGUAGUACAUUAUAACUUAAUUUUUUCUUUCAAUCUGAUGUAUCCACUGGAAUUUAAAAAUUCUGGUUGAUCCAUUCUGUAUGCUCUGGGUAUAUAUAUAAAAAUGGCUAGUAGUAAUUUGAAUAGAUUAACUAGAUUUGCCAUUGAUCAACAAAGCUUAAUCAUCCAUAAUCCACGCCGUCAGCCAGUUGUUCCUUGUCCAACAGGAAGUAAUCCUUUGGAGAUAGUAAUCCCAGUUUCUACUUCUGAAUCCCCUUUGGAAUCCCCUUUUUAUGGAUUUCCUAGCCCACUGACAAAUCAGUCAGAAUUACGAGAUGAAUCAUGGAAUGAAACACCAAUUGGUCAUGGUCAAAUGUCUGUGUUUAAUGGUGGUACAAAUUCUAACAAAACUAAACAGCCUUCUAUUGAGCUUGUUAGAGAUUUUAAGAAUCUUGAAUCUUGGAUCUCCCCUUUGGACUAUGAUGGUGAAAAUUUGGAAUGUUUAUCUGAGGAAGAGUAUAGGAGAUUAUCUUCUUGGACAAUAAGCUUGCAGCGCAGGUGUUUAAUUGAAGAUCAACCUAACUUCCUGAGUAAAUUAGAGAAGCUUAAGGAAUGCUUGGAGUUAAGGUAUAGUGCACCACUGGAAUUUCCAGGUGAGUUACCCAUAUGUCCGAAUAAUGCUAUUUCACCCUCAUCAUUAAACCAAGAUGAGAUAGCAAGAAUUCAACCCCAGCCUCACCAUCUGGCUCAGCAACUUGAUCCAAUGAGUAUAGAUGAAAUUAAUACACCAAAUGAUCAGUCUAAUACAAACUCUAUAGAUGAAUCAUUGGAGUUAUCUCUUGGAUUAUUAAAUGCAGUGCAUAAUAUUGGAUCUGCUAACUCCAAUGAAUUAAGUUCUGAAAUUACUUCCAAAUUAAACACAGUUAUAUCUGUGUUAGGAUGCAUUCCAAAACAAGACAUCAUAGUACAACAGUUGGCCACAAUUCAAGAGUUUAAUAAUAAGCUGAAUGAUAAAACUGAAAUCCUGGAUUUGAUAGCACGAGUAAAAAACAUAGAAUCUGAAUUGGUUGGGUUAUCCAAGAAAACUAUUUCAACUAGUAAUAGCCUUACUCUCCAUAAUCUAGAUAUACUAGGUAGAAUAGAGAAUACUAAUGUAAAAAUUGAUAGGUUUAAUCAAAUUGCAUCUGAAACAAAGCUAUCUGCUAAUGCUCUUACAACAUGGUUAGUUGACUUGGACAGCAGAUUAGCUGCAUUAGAAAAUAAUGCAUUGCAAUGGAAUAGAACUCCUUUACCAAGCAUGGAAUCGGGCGUUAAUAGACCCUCAUGUUCAAUGGAAUCUACCAGUAUUACACAGCCUGCUUCCAGUGUAACUAUUACCAAUAUCCCUAUCUACACAUCUAUGCCAACGAGAACAUCAAUGAGUUCAAUCUCUGCUGCUGAUAUAUUUGGAAUUGAUAACACUUACACAAGUACUCUUAAGGAGCCAAUGAUGCCUACUCUAAUAACUGUGAUGGAGAAUGCUCCUAGGGUUACAUCAAGGAUUGAUUCUAACCAUCAAUUUAAUAUGGCUGCCACUAAUUCUACUAUUAGGAUCAAUAACUCAUCACCUGUACGCGUUCAGCAACAAGGCACUUCUAGAAUCAAUGAAAAUCUGAUCCGCUCUAAUUCAACUACAUCAUUGACUUCAACAGUGUCAGAAUCUUCAUUGGGUAGAGUUCAGGAGCGGCGGAUAAGGCGAGUUAUAUCAGAAAUUAAUUCUGUGGUAUCUCAGGUUAUUGAGGAUAAUUUAUCAGAUGUCAUUAUUAUUGAUCUACAUACUAAUGUAUUGAGAGAUAUCACAAAGGUAGCCAAGGAGAGUGAAGAUAAUGCAAUCCAGUAUUCAAAAAUUCCAGAUCAUGAUCCUUCACUGCUUGAUUUAUUAGGAGACUCAACUAGUAAAGCAUAUUCAUGGAUAAAUGAUUUGAAAAGGCUUUACAGAACUAGACAGCUUCAUUUAUUAUCCAAUAAGAAUAAGAUACUAAUUGACAGUAUUAGUUUAAAGAAAUUCACUGGUGAUUGCUCUCAAACAAUUUUUGAUUUCUUUAAAGCAUUUGAUGAUCUGACUAAAUGCUCUCAUACUGCUGACCAAAAGGCUACAUUGCUUUUUGGGUCAUACUUGGAUGAAAAAAUCAAGCAGGAGGUUGCACUCAUAUCUACUGAUUUUGAACUGCUAAGAUCUCACUUGAUAAAUAAAUAUGGCAAAGCCAAACAUAUCAUUGAAGUCAAGCUAGCGACAAUCAAGGACAAGAAAGUCAUGGAUUCCUGCCCCCCAAGCAAACAAGCUGAUCACCUUCGCUUGGUCUAUUCCAAAUUAGCAGAAAUUCAGAAUCUUCAUCACACUUCUAAUAUUCCCAUGGAAUCUAUUGCCAGAUAUGCUUUCUCUCAUGAGUCUUUAUCAUUGGUAGUUCGCUCUCUUCCACAUCUAAUCAUCAAAGAGUUCUUUGGGGAGAUUGGGAAGAUUGGAUUAGAAGCAGAAGAUUAUGAAGGAGAGGCUGCAUUUAACAUUUUGUUGAAAUUUGUUCAAGUUGCAUUUAAGAAUCUCACUGCUGCUGCUAAGUUAUCUGCGGCUAAUGUUCAUGAAAAUGUUUAUAAUGAUAAACCUAAAGCAAAGGUUAUGAUUUCAGACAACCAAAUGGUCACCUNCAAGUGA